GCAGCACACGUGACGCAGAAGAAAACAAACAUGGCGUCCGUCAACAGCGCUGAGUGGAGGUCCAUCUGCGACAAAUUCACCAACGCCCAAAGUCUCACCGACGUAGAAUCACGAAAUGACCCAGAGAAUGAACCUUUCCGCUCAAAGUACAAGGCCAGGGAGCUUCUCAGGGAGAUAUACUGUUCGCUGAAGAACUUUGAAGCCGGGGACGGCGAGGAGGACACCGGCGGCGGAGAGGGCGGCGAGCAGCGGGCUCCGGAGCCGCCGCUGGCCGGCCAGAAGGACGAUGUGUUCGGCCACGGCCUCGACGGGGACUCGCCGGCCGGGCUGCGGGCGGCAAAGCUCGGGGCGGUCGACUAUUAUCUGGGCGUCAACCACAUCGACACGGAGGAGCUGUCAGCAGGGCAGGAGCAUCUGAUGAGCUGCUUGAAACUGCUGGAGAGAUGCAGGGUGUCUCCGGAGAAUGUGUCUCUGGUUAUCCACGUCAGGAACCAGCUGGGUAUCCUCUGGGCUGGCCGGGAUGAGACAGAGAUGGCUCAGGGCUUCCUCGAAACAGCCGAGUCCAUCUACCAACGUUACAUGAAGGAGGAUGGAACUCCCCCCACUGACAUGACAGAGUACUUUAGCAGUGCAGAGAACCUGCUGACGCACCAGGAAAGGACCAAGAGAUUUGAGAUGGCCUACACCCAUACUAUGUACUACCUUGCCCAAGUUUAUAAAAACCUUGGUGAAACUGAGCAUGCAGCAAACUACUGUCAUAGUACCUUGCAGAGACAGUUAAAGUUAAAUCAGUUCACUCCAAUGGAGUGGGCUCUGAAUGCUGCAACGCUGUCUCAGUAUUACAUCACAAAGGGCCGCUACAUGGAAGGUCGACAUUGCCUCGCAGCAGCUACUGUCAUAUCAGGUUUGGCAGGAGAGGUUCCCUCUGAGGCAGCAGCACAGGAGAAUGAGGCGGAGAGUGAACGCAGGGAACAGCUCAGACAAAAGAGGGCAGAGAUUGCAAGGUGUUGGAUUAAAUACUGUCUCAAUAUCCUGCAGGAUGCCAAGAAGCUGCUAGAGGACAACAUUGGUGAGCUGGAUACAGAUCGUCAAGAUGACUUGAAGAGAGAAAGAAGACAAGAAGAGGAAGAAGAAGAGAAGGGCAGGAAGAGUGCUUUGCUAUUUGGCUCUGAAGAUACGUUUGACUCCAUUGCUAGCGUGGAAGAGAAGGUGUUGUGUUUGUCCCCUUUGGAUUUCACUGAAGCCAGAGCUGUUUUUCUGGUGGGACAGAAUUAUGUCACUCAGGCUAAAGAGUAUUUUGAGAUGGAUGGGUACGUGACGGACCACAUAGAGAUUUUGCAGGAUCACAGUGUUCUGUUCCGAUCCCUGGCUUUCUUUGAGGAGGAUCCAGAGCGACGCUGUAAAAUGCACAAACGAAGAAUUGACAUGUUGGAGCCAAUCUGCAAUGAUUUGAAUUCCCAGUACUACCUGAUGAUCCGCAGACAGUUGAUGUUCGAGUUGGCUGAGAUCUACAACGAAAUGAUGGACUUAAAACUGACUGUGGCGAACAGACAGGCGGAUUCACAAUCUUUAGAUAACCACACCAUUAAGAAAUUCAACCAUCUUUGCUCUGCCUCUGCCAAGUACUUCCAGAUGUUCCUAGACUCUCUGCGCUCUCCGGAAGGGAAGUUUCCAGAACAUUUGGAGGAGGAGGUCCUCAGACCAACUCUGGUGGCUCAAUUCAGGGUAGCCCGACUGCACAGCAGACUGAUCGACCCGUCUCCCUCGGUUCAGCUGGAGAACCUGAACAGAUCUCUGGAAAGCUACAAGUAUGUGGUGCAGUAUUGUGAGGGACACCCCGAGGCAGCAGCUGCCGUGGAAACGGAGCUGGAGUUGAGUAGCGAGAUGGUCGGCCUCCUCCCUCUUAAAAUCAACCGCCUUAAAGCAAGGAUGGCUGCAAACAACUGAAAGAUGCUCCUCUUCCCACGAAAUCUAAUCAAUCAAUUAAAUUUACUUUGACACAGUAACAUCAUACUCAGCAGUGAAAGAAAGUGAAAUAGUUUCUCACUAUAUAAUCAAUUGCUCAUGGCUUUUUUUGUUUUGUUUUCCAUGUGUGGAGCAUGCUGACGUCAUAUAUAUGUUGUGUUCAUUACAGGCUGUAAAAAUGUGCUCUUGUGUGUAAUAAAUAUUGUGGUCAGUGUAACUUUAAUUCCCUUUCUUGGGGUAUGAAGGAAUAUUUGAGAAUGAUUUCUCAUAUAACUGGUGCGUGACUUUAUGUUUUCGACACUUUAACUUAAAGGGAGUUGGCACAGGCCUAAUUGCCUCUUCAGGUCGAUGCUUUCUCUCCAACCACACUGACUAAAACACUCCGGUCUUGACAAAUGGCUGCUCAGAGUAAGAUUCCUCAGUGUCCUCACAGCAUAUAAUUAGAUAUCAACCGAUUUUUAAGUUUUAGUUCAUUUUAUUUAUUCAGUUUUUCUUAUAUUGCGCUAAUGGGAUUAAUUAUCUCAGCCUUGUCUGAUUCAUACAUGUUUUCUGUUGCAGUAAUAUUAGUUUUAAUUUAAAGUGACUAUUUCCUUUAAAGUGCUCAAGUACACUAAAAUGAUGUUUUUUUUCAGUUGCUUGGUGGUUCAUACAGUAGCCUAUACCAAAUGCCACCCAUAACAACACAUUUGUGUGUGUGAUAAUGUAGUGGAUGCAGUUUAUGCUGAAAGAUUGAUCGUAAAUGGCAACAACACUUAUUUGGGCUCAAGCACACUGGUGUUUAGUCAGAUCCCAUCAUAAUCUGAUUCAAUAAUAAUCUUUGGUCUGUGUAUUUUUCCCAGUCUGAGGAUUCAACAUGCAUAUAGUUAUAAUAAAUGUAGUAAUAUUAAUGCCACAGUAUCAUUAUAUAUUUUUUUGUUUUAAGCUUUGUGUAAAGUGGGACUGACGUUCUUUUAUCAUGGUGCACCUUUAUAUAAAAGGUGAACGAGGCUGUUGUAGAGUUGAAGGUGCCUCAGUAAAAAGGUAAAAUUACUACAGUUUUGGUGUGCAUGAGUUUACGAUUUUUUUUUUUUUCAGACAGUUCCAUUGCUUAAAAUGUUUGAACUUGUCAAAUUAAAAUCCUAAAACAUGCUGAA